CUUGACAUUCAUUUUUUUUUUUUACUUCUUCAACAAUUGAAAGCUAUCAAUCAAUCAAUCAUUCAUUCACUCUCUUUUGAUAUAGAAUCUCCUACUACCAGCCCUACAACUCCGUCCGCCGCACGUGCUUAAGUUCCAUGGCCAACCUCCCAUUCUUCCGAAAAGCUCCUCAACGGCCGGAGUACGGCCGGAGUCGUUCGAAAGUCCUCUGGCACCGUCUCUUGCGCUCGUUUCUCUACCUCAUCGCAUGGAUCUUCCUCGUGCUAGUCGUCAUUGGCAAUGUAUCUAACAAACCCGUCCUCCGCGACACGUGGUUCCUCAAGAUUGAUCUCUCUAAUAUCAUCCCACUCUCCGUUCCCAAUGCUGUCCUGAUUAACAGUAUUGCCCGCUCCAUCGGUCUACAUGAUUUCUAUACCGUCGGUCUGUGGAGUUUCUGUGAGGGAUACAAUGAUAGCGGCAUCACUAAAUGCUCCAAACCGGAGACCCUCUACUGGUUCAAUCCGGUUGAGAUCAUUAUGUCCGAACUGCUCUCCGGAGCUACCAUUGCCCUCCCCGGAGAUAUUACCGACGCUCUCAAGAUCGCUCGGAUCGCCUCCCACUGGAUGUUCGCCCUCUUCAUCCUGUCCGCCGUCUUGACCUUCAUCAUGAUCUUUCUCUCUCCGCUCGCGACGUCCUCGCGACCCCCGCAGUCCAUUGCAGCGGACCCCACCGUCAACGCCGCUCACCCGGCCCACCGUCGCCGCACUUUUAUCCUCCUUCGCGCCUUUCCGUUCUUCAUUCUGACCUUCCUCACGGCCCUUUUCACCAUUGUCGCCUCCGUCGUCGCAACCGUCAUGUUUAUUAUCUUCAAGAACGUCUUCACCUCAGCGGAUUAUAACCUGAAUAUUGAGGCGGAACUGGGCACCCGCAUGAUGGCCUUCAUGUGGAUUGCGAGCGGCUGCAACCUGCUGUCAUUCAUUCUGCAGUUAGGCUCCUGCUGUGCGGCUUGUUGCGGUGGCCGGAAAGCCCGGAAGGCGCUGAAGAACGGCGGUGCCAAUGGAUCGCCGAUGCGCGAGAAGGAUGGUCCUCAUAGUCCCUCGACAACGGCAGCUACUGAGUGAGCUUGAUUUCGAUCUCUCCCAACAAGCCCCCGUCCAAGGAGGA